AUGUCAGCAAACAAUCAGGUUUCCAGUUUACUGGACCUGAUAAUGAGUCUGCUCGACACGGCAAUAACAUAUCAACAUCAGGAAAGUGUCAAGAAUGAAGUGACAGAAUCAUUGAAGACGAUUGGAGCACAUCAGCCAAAUGUUCUCCUUACAGCGUGCCAUCAGUAUUUAUUGCAGAAUCCAAAGCUCGGAGCAUUCAAACGUGCCUUUGUUCUCCAAUCCAUUUCAAUAUGUGUGGAUAAUGCUGAAAUUCUCCCAAAACUCGAUGAGCAACUGGUCAUGCUCAUCAUAAAUCUGGCCACCCAGGAAAUGAAUAUGACAAAAGAUACAGAUGUAGAGUGGGCAGAGUCAGCUAUGGAAGUUCUUGUUACUCUGGCUAAAAAUCAUCGAUUUGUUUGCCACGUCAUCGAUGCGAUUCUCCAGAAAUUUCCACCUGGACAAACGACGAGUCCUCAUCGAUACAUAGUGCUGACGAUGGCAACAAUUGCGAAUCAUAAUCCAUUCGGUUUGGUUCCAUUCCUCACUGACAUCUUGUCUCGAACUGUCCCACUUCUCCAACACGUCAAAACGGAUCCUUUGAGAUGUGCGUGGGCACGAGCGAUUUGUUCAUUUUGUGAAGCAGUCAGAGAAUGUGAAACAGAGAGACCGAAAGAGGCGUCAGAAGAGUUUAAUGGAGAACAUUCGAGACCGAAUUCCGCUAAUGGACACUGUCAAGAAGUAUCGAAUCGAGCGACGUAUUCCGAUCAAACGGAAGCUGUUUAUGAUGUGGUGUUUGGUUGGAUUUAUAGUAAAGAUCCGAAGACCCGUGGAGAAGCAGCCGAAUGUGUUGGAGAGCUAUGUCUCAUGAUAAAACAAACGAAACUCGUAGAAGAUGUGAAGAAGAUAGUGACGAACAUGCUGCCCCUUUACCGUAAAUCCUACAAUGAAUCCCAUAUGAUCACUCAAGGAAUAUGUCGAUUUCUUGAAGCAGCCUGUGUCGAUGAGACCUGUCCACUGGAACCAUAUCUAGAAGAUAUUCUAAAUGCCCUCUUCCCAAAUGCAUGCCUGGACCCAGAUGACACUACAGUAACCCUUGGCACUCAAGCAAUUAAAAAUCACUCGGAAGCAUUCCGAUGUUUCGAUGUGGCUGCCACGAGAUUUGCCGAUAGAAUUGUAUAUUAUCUGCUGCACAAAAUGCAAAGUGUUACGGAUUCACAAAAGUUGGGUGCUAUAAACGUUUUGAGACAUCUUCUGAAUGCAACCGGACAGCAUAUGGAAGAUAAACGAUCACUUUUAACGAUGGGAUUGAAGAAAUUGCUGGCUGCUGAAAAUACAACGAGUAUUCGGGUGAAACGUGCUAUAGUCCAACUCUGCGUCGCCCUUGCCGAUCACUCCUACGUGGAUGCUGAAGGCGGAGACUACGUCAUCGCAUUCCUCGUUCGAAAUCUCGUUGGACCAACCGAACAAGAAGCGGCAGCAAAGAAGAUUGAAGUCGACGUCGCCGGGGUGAAUCAGUUGAGAACUCAGUGCGCACAGGCUCUUUAUACAAUUGCGAAUACCUGCGUGUGUGCUACGAGACUUCUCUGGCCGUAUCUUCUGGAGUUCAUUUGCUGUGAAAGAUAUACACCAGUCGUCGGCGAUCUUUGUAAAUGUUUGAGAACUUUGGUGAAUCGAGAAAUUGAUGCGGGCAGGAAAAUGGAUUAUAAUACUGGUUUCGAUAAUCCAAAAGUCGCCGGCCGUCAUGCAGUUUUGGCCCGUCUGUUCACUUCUUUUUGUAAUGCUCCAUUGAAUGGGUUAUUGACGAGGAGAGCACGAGAAGCUGGUGGUCUCAUUCAAGUGAUCGCUCCAUGGUUUCAUAAUUCAAUGGAAGGUCCCGCAGCGAAAUGGAGUGAACGGUUGGAACCCCUUCUUGAUGAGCUCUCAACCACUACAGUAUCCUCCGUUGACUCCGCCCCUGCUGAACUCCGUGGUCGCAAGAUUGCAAGAUGGCAUGAAGCUUGCCUCGACUGGCUUUCCCUUUGUAUCUCAGCGGUUCCAGAAGGUGAAUGGAGACAAGAUUUAGCGGCAGCAAUGGGAAAACAAUUGGAUAUGUAUAAGGAAUUGAGUGAUGAGAAGUCAUUCCUCUUCAGAUGUCUUGGAGUGGCUCUGUCGAAGAUCACAGCGAAACAAUUUGUAAUUGAUCAUAUGAUGCUUAUGUUCAAGACAGCGUCUCAUUCUGUGUUGACCGAAAGGCAAGGUUGUGCGAGAGCAGUUGGAGCGAUCUCAUCGUCUCAUAUGGACCUGGUUUUGAUUGAACUGGAGAAUGUGAGCAAGUGGGAACACGCGAGAAAGAGCAGUGGAAUCUUCGGAUUCAUCAAGGAUACUAUGCCGAUUCGACAGUACCCGGAUAUUGAGAUGAUCAAUUUAAGAGCAACUCUUAUGCUUUGUUAUGGACACGUUGUGAUGGCUUGCAGUCUUGAUACUGUGACUCAACGACUUCAGAACACUAUCAUGGUAUUCUUGAGAAACUACUUUGCGAAUUCGAAACAGGAAACUGUGGUUCGGGAAGCUAUGCUGGAAACGAUGAGGUUGAUUGCAACAGCAGUACAUCCUUCGAGAAUUGGAGGAGAAUGGAAGUUCGAUGCGAGAAAUGAGUUAUUGGCGUACGCGAAGGAUUAUUUGAAUGGAGAGACACCGGAAUGGUUGACGAGUUCAUUGAGAUUGCUGACAUGUAAAGCGACGGCGGCGUUGGUACAACUAGAACCACCACUCUCCGCCACAGACAUUGAAGAUAUUGGUAAUGUUCUCAGCCGUCAAAUCCUUCCGAUGCAAAGAGAGAAAAGUGGUCUGAAAACUCUCGCUUUCGAUAUUUUCGACUACGCUUCCUCAUCGGUCCUCUCAACAUUCAGUAGUGGAGCAGAACGAGGUGCACAUCAACACACAUCACCUCCUUUAACUGGAUCAUCAGUUGCCGAAGGACCAAAUGGAACGCCGAUUCAUCAGAGACAUCGUGGAAUUGGAAAGAUGGAAGACGAUGAAUCAGCUACUAUAAUGGACGCAACAAUGCAUCAAUAUGGAUUGGCACUGGAACAAAUCGUUCGAAUGUCUCCAACGACGCAGACUGUUAUGAUCCUUUUGAAAAUCCUCCUGCCGUACUAUGGAAAACAAGCCGAUCAUGAGAGAAUCCGAGCCGUCGACAUGACAGUCUUGAUACUUCGUGUCUACUAUGAAUGCGCUGAAGACAUAUCACUGGGACAUGCUACAGAUUUCGAGCCACUCAGUUCUCUUCUGGGACGAUUGGCUCCUCGUCUUGUUGAUCUCUUGGCUCACGUUCGUCUUCAAGCACUUUCAGCUAUUCAUUGGGCACUCAGAUUAGCUUAUAUGCAUAAAGGACAUGGAAGAGAUGCUGAUCAGAGUCUGUUCUCUUAUCAGAACUUCGUUGAGAAAUAUCUGACAAGUGGAGAUGUGAAAUUGGACGGACAGAAGGAGAAAUUGGCUAUUGAAGCGAUAGCUCAAAUUAUAGAGUACCGUCUUCCACAGUCUCAGAUGCAGAUAUAUCUCUCUGCAAUAUUCGAAAUGUUGACUGAUCGACAGAGUCAUGUUAGUUCGGCAGCUGCUCAAUUGUUGACUUUCGCCGUGAUGGCAAGAGGAUCCACGCUGAAUUCAGAAGCAGAGAUUCUCGUUACGAAGAUGGUUGAGAAGUUGGCAGAUAUUCAUCAUUGUGUGCAAACGAAUACUGAUGUGUUGGCUGCUCUCGUUGCAUUCGCAGUUCAUCAGCAACAGGCAGUUUGCGAUGUUCUUUUCAAGCAACCACUUCCGUAUUCAAUUAACAUCACCGACGCGUGGGAAUGCCUAUCUCGAGACAAACUUCUAUUUGCUGGAAUUCUCGAUCAUCUCACUGAACUUCUUGGAGCAAGUCUCGAUCAACCCUUCGAAUUGAUGGAUUCUGGAGGCGGUGUAUCAGCAAAAGUGGUCAACGUGGAACCAUGCACCUACGUGGCAGUUCUUGCAGAAGUUGUGAAGAAUGGAGAACCAGAAUCCGCUCUGAUGGAACGUCUUCCACUGAUCCUCACUCUUCUCAUCCACUUCAUUUGUUCUGUAUCCGACACACAAUUCCCUGUAAUGCAAAAGGAGAACAAGGAUGGAACGAAGUCUCCAUUGAUCAUUACUCCAGAUCUCCGUCGAAGUGCCGAGAAACCAGCAGGAAUGGCUGUUUCUGCAAUCAAGAAUCUUCUGAAUCGUACUCGUUCAAAUAUGGUCAUUGAGGAUAUGAACCAAGCGAGAGCAUGGAGUGAUUGUAUUGAUAAAGAUGCAUUCAUUCAUGCAAUUGGAGUUCUGAUAAGAUCUUUAGUGGAGCAGAGACCCGCUUGGGUUCCUCCGUUGGCUAAAACGAUGGAAGAAUAUGCGAAUAGUGAGAGUGAGCCGAGGCGUCUUGCUGCAGUCAUUGUUGCUUCAUCUUUGAUAAGAAGAAGUACGAAUGAAGCAGGAGAAUUCAAUGAACAACUCCUUGUCAAAUGUAUUCGACGUCUUGAGGAUUCUCUGACUGACCCAAGCCUUCGAAUUCGAAAACUUUGUGUAAAAGGACUUGGAGAGUUAUCAGAAUGCUCAUCAUCUGAUGUCAUAUCUCGUUUCGUUCACAUGGCUGUAGAAGCGGCGAUGUCUGGAUUAGAUGACCAUGGAGAUCGAAAGGAUACUGUAGCUAUUGAAUCCAUCCUAGCUCUGAACAAACUUGUACAGCUUACUAAUAAUGAUCAACUCAAAUCGAUACUUCCUCUGGUUCUUCUCAAAAUUCGACCGUGUUUCGAGAAAGAUUCAUACGCACUUCGAGCUGCCGCAUUUAGUUUAUUCGGAGAACUCGGCGCGAGAGUUGGAGAGAAUAGUGAAGAGUUUCGAGGUCAUUUGCAUACAAAUAUCGUUUCUCUCUUGCUUCAUCUCAAUGAUGAUUAUGAAGAUGUUCGACAGAAGUGUGCACUUUCGAUCUAUCGAUUGAAUGAGUUGUUGACGUCACCGAAUGCUUCGAUAUGUAUUGAGAGGGAUAUGAAGGAUGGAAAGCAACCGAAUAGUUAUAACGCAUUCAUCAAGGAUUUCGCAGCGAUUUUGGCUAAUUCAUUCCCCGAUCGAAUCAAUCAAUACGCCCUUGCCACUUCCAAUUACUUCAAAAGCUCCAGUGCUCGUAUCAGAUGCAAUGCUGCUCAUCUUACCGGAUGCCUUCUAGAUGGACUCAGUGCUCCACUGCGUGCAACUAUCAGCAGAGAACUCGUAUUCACUGGACUCGUUGCUCUUCUCAAAGAUUCCGAAGAUGUCAAUGUGAGGAUUUCAGCGACAAGAGCAAUUGCCAACUUGCACCAUUUCCAUUAA